AUGCAAGGGGAUGAUGAAGACUCGAUGGAUGAACAUGUUGGAGAUGGUGUGGAGUGGUUGCCGUACUUGUCCGACGAACCUAGCCGUAAGGCUCGUGCCGUACUUGACUUGCUUGAGGAUGGCGAGCAGGAACUAUAUCCAGGAUGCUUAGGAUUCUCGAAGCUGUCUUUCUUGGUGAGACUGUACCAUAUAAAGUGCAUGUGCAGAGUGAGCGACAAAACUUUCUGUUUGAUUCUAGAGCUAUUAGGGAACGCCUUUCAGCAUGCAAAGAUUCUGAAGACCUUGCACGAUGCCAAGAGGAUCAUACGGAAGCUUGGUAUUGAGUACAAGAAGAUAUAUGCAUGUCCAAAUGACUGCAUGCUAUACCAGGGCUCCAACCAAGACCUGUCUAGAUGCAAACAGUGUGGAGCAUCCAGCAAGACAGCUGUAGACAUGUUGUGGCAUAAGAGAGGAACUAAUUCUAACGGUUCUUUAAGGCAUCCCAGGGAUGGCGAGGCCUGGAAAGCAUUUGACAGGAGAUAUACUGACUUUUCUGACAAUCCGCGUAGUAAUACGUAUGGCGGGAGAGCUUGCCCCACGUGCAAUCUGGACGCCGAGACUAGGCGACUCACCUUCAGUCAGAAAUGGUGUUUCAUGGGUCAUCGGCGCUUCUUGAAUCACGAUCACAGAUAUAGACAGGACUGGAGUAGAUUUGAUGGAAAGGUAGAGGAUAGAUCCCUACCUUUCAAAAUGACUGGCAGGGAUAUCUUGAGACAGUUGGAGGGUGUGCUGGUCUCACAUGGCAAGGUGCAAGCGGUAAGCGGUAAAAAAAGGCGCGGACAUCAGAUCGUGUUUCAAGACGAGUCUCCCUGGAAAAAGAGUAGUAUAUUCUUUGAUCUCCCAUACUGGGAGAAUAAUGAAUUACGCCACAACCUUGACGUGAUGCACAUAGAGAAGAAUGUGUGCGACAACAUUGUCUUUACCAUGUUGAACGAAAGUGGUAAAUCCAAACACCACCUAAAAGCUCGAAAAGAUCUCCAGUUGAUGGGAAUCAAGCAUGAUAUGUGGCCACUUGAAGGUUAA